AUGCAGCUUCGGAAGCUGUUGAGAUCGUAUGGCGCAACAGUUGAGCCAUCUGUAGUUGCCGACGGCUCCGACUUGGACGCAGCAUCAGCGCCCGAUGUCGAGAUGGACGAAGAUGCCACCUCUCGGAGCAACAGCCGGAAUGAGGCUCCUGAGCUCGAAGAGAAGGGUCCACAGCUGAUCACCAAGGAAGGAAUGUCAAUAUACUUCGAUAGUGCUCCUUGGUUCAAGCUGGGCGACGAGAGACAUCCGGAACUCGGCGGAAGCAAUAAUCCAGUAAAAGAGUCGCAUGUUCACGAGGGCGCGCUGUUCUUCGAACCUGAACGUACUGAAACCCCGGAGAAUCUGGCAAACCUCCAUCCAUUAUCUCAGAUGUUACCAAAGUUCAAGGAAAUCUAUGCCGAUAGAGUCGAUCCCCUGGUCAAGAUCCUGCAUCUUCCUACCUUUUGGGCCGAAUUGACGCAUGGGCUGCAACAUCCCCAAGGACCACCCAAAAGCCUAGAGGCAAUGAUGUUUGCUUUCUAUCUAGCGACAGUCAGCAGUGUAGAAGAGAACGAAUGCAGAGACUUCUUCGGGGUAGCGAAAUCGGUUUUAUGUUCUCGCUACAGGGGCGCGACCCGUCAGGCCUUGAUAAACGCAAAAUUCCUGUCCACCUCCAGUCCGAUGACUCUCCGGGCAUAUGCAGUAUUUAUGAUGUGCGUACGCAAGACAUACCACGUUGAUACACUCUUUGUCAUGUCGGGAGUCGCCAUCCGGCUUGCACGGAAGAUGGGACUUCACCGCGACGGAACAUCAUUUGGGCUGUCUCCAUUCGACACAGAGAUGCGGAGAAGACUUUGGUGGCAUCUUGCCUUUGUGGAUUAUCGCACCGCCGAGGUACUGGGUACAAGACCUUCUCUGGAUCUUGCUUGUGCGGACACCAAGAUACCCCUGAAUAUCGACGACGACGACCUUUCCCCGGAGAUGAAGAACUCACCCCAAGAACGAAAGGGAUUCACAUCUAUCGCACUUUGUCUCAUCAGGUACGAGGCCAUGGAGGCGAUGCGGCAGCUUUCGACGAAUACUCGCCCCGUGGAUACGCGCCGCGAGGUACUCUGUACCCCAAUUACCAGUCUCGCCAGGAAGGAUAGCAUCAUAGCCCAGGUUGAAGACCAAUUGGAACGGAAAUACCUGCGCUAUUGCGACCCAUCCAAACCCCUCCAUACUUUCGCGUCGAUCAUGAUCAGAUCGUCGGUAUGCCAAAUGAAGCUGUCUGCGCACAAUCCGCGACAGUUCUUGAGGGUUCCCCAAAGCGAGCGCAACAUAGUGUUCGAGAACGCCAUGAAGCUACUGGAGUACCUAAACUUCAUGCGAAGUGGUCAACAGGGCCUGGAGAAAUACAUGUGGCAGAUCGGCACGAGCUAUCUCUGGAACGCGAUGCUGUACGUGCUCAUCGAGUCCCGGCAUCGCAAGACCGGGCCGGAGGUGGAUAGGUCAUGGCGCUUGAUCGGGGUGGUGUUCUCCGACUAUGCUAAGUUGAUGCAGACGACAGCCGGAUCUGUCUGUAGAGUACUGUCGAGGCUGGGGAGGUGGACGCUGGAUGUUUGGGACGACCACAUUGCAGCUUUGAAGGUCGAAGGCUUCCCGGAGCCGUCAACACCUGACUAUAUAACUGCGAUCCGUCACUAUCAAACUACCUCACUGGAUACGUCAUCUGAAAGAAGAAGUCCAGUGGCAGCAUCCGGAUCUGCAACUCAGGAAUCGUCCGGCCAUGACUGCGUUCAGACCUGGGGCAAUGGAGAUGGUCUCUCUGACUCCACACCACUUGGUGCCUUCGAUUUCUCUGGUAUCCCGUCUUUCGAGAUGGCCCCGACUGAUUGGGAACAAUGGGAGCGGUUGAUAGCAGAGCAGAGUGACUUUUCUUUCAUGGACAGCGUGUAA